UUUGCUUUGGAGCAACUCAUUUGGAUUACAUUUCUGUUGAUUUUUGUGGUUGCAUCAGAACAUAUUCUGGACACCAUGGAUCUUGUGCUGAAAGCUGCUGACCACUACAUCCUCACCCCCUACGUCUACCCAGCGUCCUGGCCGGAGGAUGGAGCUCUGCGUCAAAUCAUUAGUCUGUGUCUAGUGACGGGUUUAGGAGCGGAACUUCUCUAUCUGGGCUUUGGUGCAUUCAGUUUUUACUUUGUCUUUGACUGUGAGCUGAUGAAACAUCCACAUUUUAUUAAGAACCAGGUAAGGAAAGAGAUUGCCCUGGCGACGAGCGCCCUCCUCUGGAUGACGUUCCCAACGGUGGCGCUGUUCUUCGCAGAAAUACGAGGAUACAGCAAACUUUAUGACCAAGUCAGUGACUCCUCGCUGGGUUGGCCUGGGAUUUUUCUCAGCAUUGUCGGGCACUUGUUCUUCACAGAUAUGUGUAUCUACUGGAUACACCGGUCCAUGCAUCAUAAAUCCCUGUAUAAGAUAUUACACAAGCAGCACCAUCUUUUUAAGAUUCCAACUCCGUUUGCCAGCCAUGCCUUUCAUCCCGUCGAUGGAUUUCUGCAGAGCUUGGCCUACCAUGCUUAUCCCUUCAUCUUCCCUCUCCACAAGAUUGUCUACCUCACACUCUUCAUCUUCGUCAAUAUCUGGACUAUUUCUAUACACGACGGAGACUUUCGUAUCCCAGACCCAUUGAUCAGCAUCAUCAAUGGCGCAGCCCACCAUGUGGACCACCACCUAUUCUUCAACUACAACUAUGGACAGUAUUUCACACUCUGGGAUCGCCUGGGAGGCUCGUACCGAAGCCCCUCAGUCUUGGAGAAAGAUGAGUCAGAGGCACGGUUUUGCAAACGCAUAACAAUGAAAACACAAUAGUGAUAUUCAGAAUUAUAGAUUUACACUUGUUGACAUGGAGCGUCAUACUCUGAGCUCGAUAACAAGAACCUUCAGGAAGUAUGAGUCCUACCCCUUUCUCUUUUGCGAUAGAUCACUGAAAAAAAUGUGUUUAUAGAUGAUAGAAAUAAGACAUUCUGAUUCACUACUUAAUCAAGUAGUCAAAAAUGAUGACUUCUAAGUUCUGUGCAUGUUUUGGAGUAUAAAUAUGACACUUAUAGGGGCAUACCACUUAUGUAUUGAAAAGGCCCAGAAAGCAUGGAAUAUUUUUUUGCAAGUCUUAUUAAUAUGAUUUACCACUUAAAAUAAAUGUUUGUUCAGUUAGUUACAUCACCAGAGACCACACCACUGUAAAUGUCAUUCGAUAUCAACACUUUUUGCAGUACAACACCAAAAGUAAGGGGAGAUAAAUACAUCUUUCUUUUUCAAUAAUAUGGAUUACAGAUAUCUCAAUGGCUCCAUUAUUAGUAAAAACAUUUAUUUCGCCAAAAGUGGCUGUUGCUUUUUUUUUAUUUUUAUUUUUUUAUUCUGCAGUAUUUUCAUCUUGUUUUUGUGAGGAUAUACUGAGUCAACAUGGAGAGUGAUACCCUUGCAUCCAGAGACUGGAUGUUGCCAUUGUAUCACUGUCCACACUCCGGAUCACAUGCCAACUCCAAGCUGGUCAAGCGGCCUAGCUGGUGUUCCCCAGUUCUGAGCUGAGGAGGACAGUGAGGCUGGGCAGCAGUGUUUUCAUUGUGGGGUCUCUCCCCAGCAAUGUCAGCGACGACAACAACAGUGAGAUGAUGGACGAGCUAGUGGCACUGGUCCGGCAUUGGUGGGAGAGUGCAGCGAGAUUUUAGCCAAGGCAUCUCUUUCGCUCUGUCAGCAUUGGGCAGCACCUGGCCCACCUUCACUGCAUGAGAGUGAUUCCAAUGUUCCUUCCUGCCCACUGCUGUCAUGGUGCAGAGUGUUGGGCAUUUGUUGCAUUUUUAUUUUCUUUAUUUUCUUUUAAAGUAUAUUUCAGUUUUUUGUUAUGAUGCUGAUUUUUCUGUUUCUAAAGUGGUUCCUUUAUUUCUACCCAUGUUGAUUGUGUUGUUGCUUUGUCUAUGUCUUUAACAUUUGCCUUUAUGCUUGAAUGCAGCUGUAAUAACAACAUUUUCCCCAUUGUGGAAAAAAUAAAACAAUUGUAACAGCAUUUAAUGACCUUUCUAUAAUUGGACAUUCACUCACAUACUGUACACACUAAACACAACGAUCAGAGAACCUCAUUCUGCUGAAUGUGCUGUAUUUCCACAUUAUGUUUUUGAUUAAAUGCAUCUGACAUUAUUGAAAAUCA